GCGUCACCAGACUGUUCAUUGACUACCCUGGAGAACCUAGAUCGGAGUUUCCAUCGCGGACUUGGUGCUGAAACCGUCCGUUGAAGAAGUAUUACCUCCCACUUUGAGCUAUAGAUAGUGUAUAAUUAUUUGCUCAUGAGUUCUUGUCUCAAAUUAAUCAGCGAAUUGAAAAUGUAGCCAGGAAAAGAAAUUGCCCGUCUGAUCCAGAGCCCAGGAUACCUUGUCAACAAGACGAUCAAGUCUCACCAGCACACAGUCCUGCCUCAGCUUCAGCUACCCAAGGUUCAGGAUAUGUAGACUGGUCCACCCCCCCUUCCGAUUCAUCACACGGACACCCUGAGAAACUUGGAGAUGCCAGUGAUUGAGUUUCAAAGGCUACCUCCUGAGACUGACGAAGGAGAGAUAAGCAACCAAGGCAACUUUGUGGCUAUGUACUCCAUGGCUCCUGAGAAUCCCAACUACAACGUGCGGCUGGCCAAGUGGCUGGGCGUGUUACAGCUCAGCAUAGCGCUAUGCAGUGUCAUCGAUGGCAUCGUUACCACGACGAUCGGCUACUGCAACAUUGCUGUCAUGGGCACACCCAUUUGGUGCGGAUUUCCGUGUUUCUUUGUGGCUGGUGUCAUGGCAUUGAUGUCCAGAAACAAGAAAACAAAAAUGAUCCGCAUGUACAUGAUGAGUUCAUUCAUCGCUAUGCUUGCGGCACUGCUGAUGAUGUGUUUCAUGCUCGUCAGUGCCAUCCAUGAGUAUCACCAAGGGUACCCCUUCAUGUACGUCAGAGAUGAGGUGGCCUCCAAGCUGAGAGUCUGUUUUGGUUUUGACAUCUUUGGUGUCAUUCUGGGGUUCAUCGAGGUCUUUGCUGCACUGACAGGAAUUCUGAUUGGAAGUGAUCGCAGUCGACAGUCGACAGCAUCUAACCCUCUGAGUUGUCAUGUCAUGGGAGAUGCCCUUUAAAAGGGAUCCUCAGUCAUGACAGGUAGCCAGUCAAACUUCUGAACCGCCUCAGCAAAGUCGCAGCGUGGCACUAAAGAUACUAGAAGUCCAAAUUAAGAAGAUGCCAUUGACGGUUUGUUCAAAAAAGGUAUUCUGAAAUUAGGGGCAUCUCUAGAUCAUGGGCUAGCACCUUAAAGGUAUGGGCAGGAGCACUGUUCCCUGUGAUUUUGAUCUAAAAGUGUGAUUUGGCAGCUUUUUCUUCAAUGCCUAGUACUUGCAUCCUUGUUAGCCCAAGGGAUUCCUUGCAGGGAAACACAUACCAAAUCUUAUGGAAGGCUUCUGAAUUCUACCUGUCUGAAACUGGAAUCUUGAAGAAGUACUACAUUUUUUUGUUUUGUGCUUUUGUCAAUUGUUUUUUUUGUUCAUCUACUUACAUGUAGAUAUUUAAUAAUUUGCCUUUACCGUGGAAUGUUUGAAUUUUUUGGUCUUGAACUUUAAUGAUUUGUGUCUUGCUUUUGCUGCAAUAGUUGUAAACCAAAGCAAUCCGCACCAGUGGAAUUAUUAUCUCUAAAGAUUGUCCACUUCUUUGAUGUGAUUUUUUUUAUGUACAUGUAAGGGGGGGGUGUAGGAACACUGGAAUAAGAAAAAGCCUUUCCCCCUCAAAGCUGUAUCAAAGCGCACAUGAAUAUUGAGGGAGUGUCUUUCAGUUGUGGACAGUGUUUUUUUUAAUUUACUCAAAUACCGGUACAUGUACGUACUGUUACAAAUUCAAAUUCUAGUUAUAUUACUGAUCGCAACUAAGGAGAUACAUGUAACCAUGGUAACAAGGUGAAUCCUCUUCUCGCUCCAGACUUCAGUAAACAGUAUUAUCCGUGCGCCCUACAUGUACAUGUCGUUUUUGCAGUGGAGAUUACUUAGUGAAUGAAUCAUUUAAAAUGAUACAUGUUAAAUACCUCUGUCCUUGCAGUGUAAUACACUAGUGCAGCUAGGUCAUCAAAAUGUUGAUAAUGUGUAGCGCUUGUCAGGCUGCCUCUUGUUGUAAAGGUCAGUGUACAGAUUUAAAUGCAGUUUUAGAUUCCAAAGAGCUUUGUGCAAUAUUUGAGUUUUUCGUUAGUUAUGUGUGCUUUUUGAUAAUGAUUGGCAACAUUGGUUGAACACGUCAGUAGUUGGAGAUCACUGAUAGAUUCUACCAAGUCACAGACACAAGUCAAAUAAAUUUUGUUAUACAGCUUAAAUAGGUAACUGAUAUUUUUAUAGUGUAUAACUUUAUAAAGCCACAUUGGGGUAGCUUGAGAGUACAGUAGGUCCUUUUUGUCUUGACUUGGCACAGCCCUCGGUAGUGUUAAGUGUUCUUGUUCUUUUCACCAUAAAGAACAAAGGCAGGUCACAAGUAGUAAUAGCAAAUACGAUAAUAUUCAUGUGUCGGUGCUUGAAAUUUGCCAGAAAUGUAGGGGGAAAAGACUUGUCCCUUCCUUUGAUUAGGGAGGAGUAGGACUGAAGGGUUUCUAGAACCCGGUCAUCCAUUAAUUUUGGCCUUGUGGUCAGUAAUUGAUAAAUAAGCCAUUUAAUUUUGACACAGUGAAAUGAAAUAUGCUAUUUGACAUCCCAGUGCAUUUUGAUUUCCCACGUUUUAAAGAGAACUAAAUGCCCCGUCUUUCAUUAAUAGCCGCAGUGUCAGUUAUUGAGCUUCAACCGCAUUUUGCCCUAUUUAUUGUCGUUUAUUUUGUGUGUGUGUGUUCUUACAAAAACGAUUGUCGUUGGGGACAAUUGUGGGAAAAAAAGAUAUGUUUUCCUUUGUUUGACAAUGGAGGAUUACGUACACAGUUUCUGGGAAACUGCAAUUGUGUAUACAUGUACUGGUACACACCGGUAGUGUAAGUUAUGCGAUGCUUUGUUUCACAAUGGAAUAUGGAACCUGUACGCCGUUUUUGAAAAUUCCCUUCCCAGGAAAAUGGUACGAAUUACAUGUAAUUCCUUUUCUCCAGUUUACAACAGAAUAAUACCACAUGUACAUUGUACACAUCCCCAUUGGCACCAAAUUGUACUCCAAAGCUUGCGACCUGAAAUAUUCGAUUAAUGUUUAUCAGGGAGCCAUAUGUACUUUUCUCAACUACAUUGUAAUUGUCUGAGAAAAAUAUCCUAAGCCGUAAUAUGUUCUCCCCUACAAGGCUAUUGGGAAUUCAUUUUGAAAAUUUUGAAGUUCAACAGAUUAAUUUUGAAUUCCCCAAAAGAAUGAUUCUUCAAAGGGAAAAAGAAGCCCAACAAUGAUGCACAUGUUGAUGUCAACUCAACUGUCCCUUGUAAUGACUUGUUCAUGUAGUGGCCAUUAACAACACGUACCCAAUCUACUGUAUAUAUCUAUUGUACAUGUCUACAUCCAAGGCAUCUUGUUUGGAUGUAUAUAAAGUAUGCACGUGUGCCAGUUUAUUUCACAUUUUCAGUAAUUGAAUCUUUAUAUUUUGGCUUUGAACGAUACAAACAAGAAGAGUGUGCUUGCUGAGUGGUGGGCAUCCAGGUAAUCAAACUGAUGGUCAGGGGCUGCAGGACCUUUUAAUUCCAUUUUCCUUCUCUUUACUGUAUUAAAAAGAGUAAAAUUCUAUUGUAUUUAUCUCAUUAAUCUAGACAACCACGGCUGGACUCCCACCUAUCACAGGAUUCCCUGCUUUUUUGGUCAGCACUGUCCAGGGCAGUGAAUAUUUGGCCCAGAAAAAUGGAACUUUUGGGAGGUUGGGUUGGAGUCCAUCCCACGAUCAUACAUUAUUUUAGUUUCAAAUAUACAGGUGUAUCAAUGACACAUUUUGUAUGGGGUACAAAUUCUGCAGUAUUUAAUACGGUAACUUGGGGCAUGCAUGCCUACACAUACAUUAUGUCCAUUUAGCUUUCAUUUGUGAUGUUACAAGAAACGAAAUUUGCGUGUUUGGGUCUUGGCAUAAAGUUUCACAACUUCAAAGUUAAAAAACGACAUCAUACAAACAGGGUAUGCAUCAAAUUCUUUUGAUGGAAAUGCAGUCAUUAGGAGUUAAGCUUUGCAAAGUAGGCCUUAAAAUAUUGUAUCAAGUGCUUUUAUUGGAACCAAAUCAGGGUUGUCUGUGGAUUUAAAACUGCGUAGAGGGCUCCCACGUCCAUUUUGGACGGCCUUUUGCUAAUUUCUUGAUUAAAAAAAGUUAUGGCCAACUAUAAAAACCUCCUGUUAAAAAGUAUACGUAAUUGAAGUAGCCACUGCAUGCUUCAAGUAGACCUAUGACAGGUUUCCAGUUCAAUUAUAGUUUCAUGCCUUGUAUGCACAUUACAUAUCUUUGUGGUAUUCAAACAAUGGUUUUUGGAAAUGUUCUUGCCUUUUCUGCCAAACUAAAUAAGACAAAUACAUGUACAUUGACGUAUUCAAAGCAUUCGGACUUAAAUUACUAUUGUGGUGUGACAUUAUUUGUACAUGUACUGUACGUGUGUACCAAAGGAAAGAUUCAGACUCAAUUUAGUUUAAAUGAAGGUAAAAAGAAGUUUAUCGAUAACACUGGGAAAAAGAAAAAAUGGAAGUGCUUUGAUGUUUUAGUUAUAUUUUGUUCAGUUAUACACGUCUUUGGCAUACGGAAAAUUGUAAUUAGCAUUUUCAAUAGAAAAGACACAGUUUGUCCAAUAAAUAUAUCUGAUUUAUGAAUACCUCAAUGUAUGCAGUGAAAUCGGAAGUUAAAAGUCUACAAAGUACGUGAAAUUCAUCACCUGGGUUCACAUGUAGAUUUGGGUGUCAAAACAUUCUAAAAACAGGGAAAGCCCAAUUAAGUUGAGCAGCAUUGCCAAUUUCUGUAUUGUACUAUUUAUAUUUCUACAUCUCGACAGUGUUGUGUGUGUGUGAGAUGAUAAUUGUGAAGUGUACCAAACUUGUACCAAAUUGUAAACCAAAUGAAUGUGUACAAUGUAUUUUUGCCAGCCAGUCAGAUAGAUGAAAUAUUCCGCGGUACUGUACACGUAUCGUAUCUAUUUACGGUAUUAUAUUGAUACAUGUAUGUUAAAAUUAUAUCUCUUAAUUGUACACUUUCUGUGUUUGAAAUAAAAACCACAUCAGUGGAAAAUGUUUGGUUUAGCGCCCAUUA